AUGGGAGCCACUACCAUCAAGUAUUUUAUGACAGCGGAGGGUUUCCAGAAGGUGACGUGUCUGGCACCAUGCCCGAUAUGGUUCAUGAAGGUGAGUGACCCAAGCAAGUCGGCGAUGUUCUCGAGCGGCAGAUACGAAAAAACAUUGCAGUUCACAAAUGCGCAGCUCGGAUGCAUGAGGCAUGAAGCAAUGAAGCACGUUUGGUCCGCCAGUUUGGAAGCUAUGCUGAAAUGCUUGAGGUGUGGUAGUGCGACAACGGUUCAUCUUUCUUUGCCCUUCGUGCGGCUGGAGGAGAAGGCAGGCAACCGGAAGCAAGCCAAGAUUCAAAACAUGUGCUGGGUCGUGACAAUCUUGGCUUCAAAGGAGCAGAGAGAUCCGCAGGGCGAGAUCAUUUGCACUCGCCAGGCGUUUGAAGGUGAGAAGUCUGGCAAGAGUCAGACACGGGGUGCAAAGUCGGAUCCAUUGCACGCCGGAG